AUGUCUUCAAUUAUAUUGAUUAUAGUUAUUAUAACUGCUAGUAUUGGCAAUUUAUAUGCUGAUACAGUAGUAUAUACAUCAGGCAAUUAUAAAAUGACAAUCAUCAAUAACGAUCCUGGUUUUAAUCAGAAUACAAGACAAAGAUGUAUCGAUACAUAUUUUGCUAAUAUGCCACAAAUGUGCAGUCGAUUUAAUAACAAUGGAUGUACUCGUGAUGUUGUAUUUACAAUUGAUCCAAAUUAUAAUGGUGUUGCUUAUGCAUCAGGUGGUAAUAUUGUUAUAAGUGCUGCAUGGCUUCGAAAUAAUCCACAAGAUACAGAUGUUGUUACACAUGAAGCUAUGCAUGUUGUUCAACGUUAUCCACGUGGUGAUCCAGGUUGGUUAAUUGAAGGCAUUGCUGAUUAUGCUCGAUUUAAAUAUGGAAGAAAUAAUCCAGCUGCUAAUUGGUGGUUACCAGAUUUUGAUCGAAAUCAUCAUUAUACGAAUGCAUAUCGUGUAACUGCACGAUUUUUAGUUUGGUGUGAAAAUCGUUGGCCAAAUAUUGUCAAUCAACUUGAUUCAGUUAUGCGUAGUAAUACUUAUUCAGCUAAUUCAUGGAAUCAAUUUUCAGGUGGUAAAUCAGUUGAUCAACUUUGGGGUGAUUACGCAAAUAAUCCAAAUAUAUAA